ACGUCUCCCUGUCUGCCUGUCUUUCACAAGCUUUCGGCUGCGGGUAGGUAGUUGCUUGGCCAACAUUUGGAAGGCAAGUGUUUUUUUGGCAGAGAGCUGUAGAUUUGGGGACAUGGAAGUGGAGCGUGACAGAAGCGAUGAAGCACGCGACAGUACUCGGCGAUUUCAGCAUCAGAUAACCGUCAUGAGACAAGAGAUUCAAAACUUAAGGUCUGUAAAUUACCGGCGGAAGCAUAUGGACAGUGCUGUAAGAGCACAUAAGAAAAGUGUCCAUGCCUUGCAGAAUCUCUUGGGGAACAUUUCUGACAAUGAGCUUCCACAACAUUCACAGAGUCCACUGGUGGAAAGCUCAACAGCUUUUUCUUUAGAAAAAGGAAAUAUUCCUACGGUGCCAAUUGGCUACAUAGAUUCUUGUUUUUCAUCAAAGAAUGGGACUCCAAGGCAGCCAACAAUUUGCAGUUUGUCCCGAGCGAAGCUGCAAAUAAACAGAUCUGUGUUCAAUAAUCCAGAACAUUCUCUAAUUGGCUUACAUCAAUAUUCUCAUGUGUGGGUUAUCUUUGUGUUCCAUAAAAAUGGCCAUAUGAACUACAAAGCAAAAGUAAAGCCUCCCAGAUUAAAUGGAAUGAAGACUGGAAUUUUUUCUACGAGGAGCCCACAUCGACCUAAUGCAAUUGGACUUACCUUAGCAAAGCUGGAACAAAUUAAAGGUGACACCAUUUAUUUAUCUGGAAUUGACAUGAUCCAAGGUACGCCAGUUCUGGAUAUUAAACCUUACAUUCCUGAAUAUGAUUCUCCACAACUAAAAUCAAUGGAUCAGCUAACCAAGAAUGUCAUUUGCCAAGAUUUUCCACUUUUUCCUACUUUUGAAGGGGAGUUUAGCGAGUCUGAAACUGAAGACAAUUCAGUAAAGAGGGAACUAACAAGUUCAGAAACUCCUGAAGGUUUUCUGGGUGCCUCUGUUUACUGCAGUGGGGAGUCCCGUUCCUCACGUUCUGAGUAUGAAGAUCAGCAAUGCCCUGUUUCAUCAAUAACUUGUGAAGCCGUCAGUCAUUUAGAUACUCAACCUGCUGCACAGAUCUCCAAAGAAAAUCAUCUACUUUCAGCUCUGCUAAAAAUUAAAGACUACUUAAAUGAGAGUGCCGCUUCCUCAAAGAAUGAAGACGCCAAAGCUGUUGUCGAGACAGACUGCUCUGUCGGGGAUGCUCUGAGUGAGAAAUCAAGAACAUCUUCUUUAGAACAUGCAGCUAGUGAAGAGUCUGCCAGUACUACUGUUGCAUCAUGGGUAAGAGAGUCCCCUGUGAGCUCUUUGGAGGUCCGGUUCACACCUCACGCAGAGAAUGCCCUGAGUGACUUUCAGCCUGCAAACAAAACAGGUGCCACACACCCAAGAAGGCCUGCUUUCCACUACCUGAGGUCCUUGGAUGAAGCCAAAGAUGCCAUUAAGGCGGUUCUAUCAGCGGACCCCCGCUCGGUAUAUCGACGAACUCGUUGUCUAGAUCAGCUUUUCUACUUCACCCUGGAUGGUGCCCAUAUUACGUGUUGGUUUGGAGAAGGCUUCGCCGAAGUUGUGCAAAUCAAGCCAAUACAGAAUCACCAGGAAAUGCCAGCUAUGUGACAGGUGUGGCAAGGAAAGGAAAAUAAUGUCUUAAUUUUUAAAAGUCUACUUAAAUCACUUUAUAUUGAUAAAGUACUAAGACUGAGAUUUUUGAGUAUGGUUGUCAAUAUUUGCCUGUAAUACCUAAAUUAAAUAAAAAUAAUGCCUUUAUUUAACUGAAUGAAAUGUACAGUAGAGUGCUGAAUAGGGGCAACCAGUGCUCACUUUC